CUCCCGGGGCGCGAGUGACACCGCUGGCCGGGGCAGCGACAGCCCGGCUCCGCGGGGACAGCGGCACAGCACCUCGGCCCUGUCAGACCUCGCUGAGGCAGCGGGGAAGAUGAAGCCGGAACGAGCUGUACCACAGGACACAAGCAGUCAAGUGUGCAGUCACCUGCUUCCAAUCGUCGCAGACUAAUAGCAAAGGGCAGAGGAGAAGCAGACCACUCAGCUUGCCACAGGUUUCACUGCUCUGCAGAGCCUCAAAAUCCUGAGAAGACUAUACUUUGGAUGAAUACUUUGAGUAUGAAGCUGAGGAGUUCCUGGUCUCCUUGGCCCUGCUGAUCACUGAGGGCCGGACACCAGAGCACUCGAUCAAGGGCAGGACAGAGGGCUUUCACUGCCCACCAGCACAGUCCAGUCAGCCACCAACAACUAAGCAUGAAUGCAGCGACAAACUGGCUCAGUGUCGUCAGGCCAGGCGAACCAGAUCUGAGGUUAUGCUUCUGUGGAAGAACAAUAUUCCAAUCAUGGUAGAAGUGAUGCUACUUCCAGACUGUUGCUAUAGUGAUGAAGGGCCCACCACAGAGGGGAAUGAUUUAAAUGAUCCUGCAAUCAAACAAGAUGCAUUGCUGUUAGAAAGGUGGAUUUUGGAGCCAGUUCCUCGACAGAGUGGAGAUCGAUUUAUAGAAGAGAAGACCCUUUUACUGGCUGUUCGCUCCUUUGUUUUCUUCUCUCAGCUGAGCGCGUGGCUGAGUGUUUCACAUGGUGCUGUUCCCCGAAACAUCCUGUACAGGGUGAGCGCUGCAGAUGUGGACUUGCAAUGGACGUUCUCCCAGACACCCACUGAGCAUGUCUUUCCUGUUCCUAAUGUUUCUCACAAUGUGGCCUUGAGGGUCAGCGUCCAGUCCUUGCCCAGGCAAUCCAACUACCCAGUUUUGACGUGUAGUAUUCACACCAACCUUAGCUUUUACGAAAAGCAAAUGCAAGAGCGUAAGUUCCAUCAGCGCAGCGAUCCCGGUGCUGCUCAGCAAUGCAGUACUUCCAGUCCCCUGCGUUUUCGUGGGAAACAGACAUGGACAGUGACACCUGAAGGCCUACUUAAUGGAAAAAAGAUGCCUGAAUUUACUACAUCUUUUAGAAAUUUGAAGCUUUAUCCAUCUACUGGACUUGGAUCUGACUUUGGGGCAUCGCAGUCUAAAGUUCAGUGCUAUAAUGCCACAGCAGACAAUAAGACACAGUCUCAUGAAACACCGGUCAGAACUUUUAAAUCUUACUCUCUGGUCGAUUCCCGUGUUUCAAAUAGUCAUUGCUCUCAUCAGCCCACAGGAGAAACCAAUCCUUUGAUAGGCUCUUUACUUCAAGAGCGACAAGAAGUCAUUGCAAGGAUUGCUCAGCACUUGAUUCACUGUGAUCCAGCUACUUCACCAGUUGUUGCUGGGCGUCCAUUCACCACACAUGAAAACAUCUCAGCUACACCAAAAGCUUUUCGGAGCACUUUUGAAGAGGAAAACUUGCCAAGGAAAAGCAAGGAAAGCUCCCCUGUUCCUGCUGCCAACUUAGACAGUGCAAUACAGGAGGAUGGUGAUGAAGGCAAAACUAGAGCAGUGCCAGAGGUCACCCUGCUCAAUGCCCGUGUUCCAGGGAACCACUGUGGCCGUCAGUCGGCAGGAGAGGGUAACCCCCUGAUUGAUUCCCUGCUCCAGGAGCGGCAGGAGGUGAUAGCAAGGAUUGCCCAGCACUUGAUUCAUUGUGAUCCAGCUACUUCCCAUGUUGCUGGACAUCCAUUCAAAGCGCAUGAGGCUAGUCCAGUCACGUCAAAAAUUUUCCGAAGUACAUAUGAAGAUGAAAAUUUGCUGAAGAAAGGCAAGGAACCGUCUUCUGUUUCUUCUGCUAAAUCAAAAUUUUCUUUGUCAGAAGACAGCAGUAAAUCGGGGACAAAGACACCUGAUACCCCUAUCAGUCCUUCUAGGUUUGAUGGAGAAUUGAAGACUUCUCUAAAAGUCCAAGCAAGAAGAAAAUUGGUUUUAGCAAAACCCAGUGAAGCUGUCCAAAAUUCAUUUCAUCAGACUUCAAAUAAAACUUCUCAUGCAUUUAGUAGCAUUCACAUAUCAUCAUCAUGUAUUAAAGAAAACAAAUCUGAAAUUCCAGAUAAAUUGGAAAUACAUUCUGGUUAUGCACAGAAAGACCAGAUAACCAAUAGAAUUAAACAGGGUUCAAAUUCCAGCAGCAUUGAUGAACAGAUUUGCACAAAUAAACUUAAAGAAAGAACAGUUGUUAGUGAGAACAAUGGCACAGACAGUUUUAAUAAUUUACAGAUAGAAAAAUGCAGAAUACUUGAAGGUACAAAAAAAGCAACUGUGAUACCGAUAUCUGACUCUUUGCACAAAAAUGAGCUCAAGUGUUUAGACAGAGACUCCAAAAAACCAGUUAUUUAUGAGCAAAAUACACAACUUGUUAGUAUUGAAAAUUAUUUAAAUAAAGACCAUGACAGUUUCAAAACCAAAACCAAACAAGAUAAAACAAAAUCUGCACAUGAUGAAAAUGAAGACCCAAUAGGCCUUGAUUUUCAAAGCACUUCUCAGAAGAAACCUGCAGAAGACAAUGUGGUUAAGUGUGAGCGGCAGAAGAACCCAGAUGUACAGAAAGCACCACCUCUAAAACACACAAAUACCUGGCGGAAACACAAUUUUCGAUCCCUGGAUGGAACUUCAACCAAGGCUUUUCAUCCCAGAACUGGACUGCCUCUGCUUUCCAGUCCUGUUCCUCAAAGGAAAACACAGUCUGGGUGCUUUGAUCUGGAUUCAUCAUUGUUGAAAUGUCUGUCUGCAAGAAGCCCACAACAAUGUAUAAACAAAGAUGGUGAUCCAGACAGCCAUGGGAAACCAUUUCUAAGUUCUAGUGCUCCCCCAGUAACAAGUCUGAGCCUUCUGGGAAACUUUGAGGAAUCUGUCCUGAAUUUCCGCUUGGACCCGCUCGGUGUCGUGGAGGGUUUCACAGCAGAGGUGGGAGCAAGUGGAGUCUUUUGUCCCACGCACAUGACUCUGCCAGUUGAAGUGUCAUUCUACAGCGUUUCAGAUGACAAUGCUCCCUCUCCUUACAUGGGUGUAAUUACUUUAGAGUCCCUCGGCAAAAGGGGUUAUCGAGUACCGCCUUCAGGAACAAUACAAGUGACCUUAUUUAACCCUAACAAAACUGUGGUGAAGAUGUUUGUGGUGAUCUAUGACUUGAGAGAAAUGCCAGCUAAUCAUCAAACAUUCCUACGGCAAAGAACUUUUUCUGUUCCUGUGAGACGAGAAAUCAAGCGAAAUGUCAAUAAAGAAAACAGCCACCAGACUGAAGAAAGGCUACUACGCUACCUCAUACAUCUGAGGUUCCAGAGUUCUAAAUCUGGAAAGAUCUACCUCCACAGAGAUGUAAGGCUCCUAUUCUCUCGGAAAUCCAUGGAAGUUGAUAGCGGCGCUGCAUAUGAACUCAAAUCUUACACUGAAUCUCCAACAAAUCCUCAGUUUUCACCAAGAUGCUAGCAAACAAUGGCAAAGUCAAGUAUUCAUUUUACUGUUGAGUACUCCUUGCAAGCAAAGAUUGGUAGAGACAACAGUAUCAAGUUAAGUCUGUAAAGGAAUAAAAAUAGCGCUCAAGAGAAAGAAGGUUCUGUGUGAUCCUGGACCAGUUUUUAAAAGGUUUCUGGAAUGAGCUUUGUGUAUUCCAAGUAGACUGGAAACAUACUUAAAUCUAAUCUUUUUGUACUGUUUAAAACCACUUCAUUGGAUGUGUUGCAAUAGCAAAUUCCCAAGUUAGUUUAGUGUUUACACUUUUUAUUUUAUUUUUCAGUUAUUUAAUAUUUAAUGUUUCAUUUAAUACUCAAGUGAUGUUUGUCUUUAGUGUUCUAAUGUAGCAUAAAUCCUAUGUAAAAUCAUACUAUGUAUUUUUGGCAUUAAUAUUGAAAUCUGAAAUAUAUACAGAUGUCUUUAA